AUGGCGAGUAAUGGUCCGCUGUCUUUUCAGUAUCCCCGUCUCACAAAAGAUAAUUAUGAGAAAUGGUGUCUACGUAUGAAAGCCAUUCUAGGCUCCCAGGAUGCGUGGGAAAUCGUAGAUAGAGGGUAUGCAAAAUCCGAUAAUGAGGAAGCUCUGCCUCAAAAUGAAAAAGAUGUCUUGGCUGUUGUGAAUCAAUUAAGAAGAUACGGGGAGGACAUAAAAGAUGUCCGUGUGGUACAAAAGAUCCUUCGCACUUUAACACCUAAAUUCGAUUUUGUGGUGUGUGCUAUUGAAGAGUCUAAAGAUUUAGACUCAAUGUUGGUGGAGCAAUUGGAGGGUUCUUUACAGGCCCACGAAGAAAAGAUCAAAAGGAGACAAGAAGUGCCAUUGGAGCAACUUCUUAAAACUCAGGCAUCCUUCAAGGAUUAUGGAGGUGAAAAAAGCUAUCGAGAGAAUGGACGAGGACGAGGCCGUGGCGGUCAUGGAAGAGGAAGAAGUAACGAAAAAGCUAACCUUGUUGACGACAAGAAAGAAGAAGUUGAGUCAACAUUGUUGAUGGCACUCAAGGAAGAAGACAGGGAUGAUUGCAGCUCGUGGCAUUUGGACAAUGGAGCAAGCAAUCAUAUGUGUGGGUGCAAAGAAAAGUUUGUGGAGAUCAAUAAAACGGUGAGAGGUCUCCAACAAGAAAUGUUAGAGAUCAAACUCCUCAAGAAACAUGGUGUGGAAGAAAGCCAAGUGUCAAGCACUUGA